AUGCAACGGCGACCGCACUUCGAAAAGGUGAGGCAACUGGCAAGGUGCCGCGAGAGGAAGGCUAUGCCGAGAGAGUACGACCCCCGACGAUACGGACCCAUUGCGAGCAGCAGCAGAGCCCCUGUGUCAUCCCGGUCGGCAUCUGCUGCGCCCGCGGGAGAGGUGCGUCGAGAGGGGCAGCUCGUGUUUUCGACGUCGCCUAGGCGGGGUGGUCGGCUGAGCUCCCAGCGACAACGACAGGGCCGCGUUGGUGUCGGCGGCGAGUGCUCUUGGCCAUCGCGCAGUGGAUCACCGAAAUGGCAGGUCCCGUCGAGGGGACUGCGUUCUUUUUCCGAGGAAGCUGCAGUCUCUCACGGCCACGGAGAAUCGCGGAUGGCUGCGGCACCGGAAGGCGGCACGAGAGGAGAAAGGGCUCACCGGCAGCUGCACGCCCGGCGCGCUCCUUUCAAGGACAUCAACACCACCGCGUCGACUUGUCUCGAGUCGACUCGUGACACGGCAGACGCUGCCGCAGCGACAAGCGGUAGCAGUGACGCCGCCGCCGCUGCUGACACUGGCCACGAGAGCAGAGGUCGCACGCGAAGGAGGUCUCUCAGCUGGCACUGCCGCGAGAAACUCGGCGGUGAUCUACAACAGCGACAACAGCCCCCUGCGACGACUCCGACGUAUUCCUCUUCCGCCUUUUGUCCGUCUCCUUCUGCCUUCAGCAGCUACAACAACGCCAACAUGCUGAUCGACAACAGCAGCAGAAUCAACGACGGCAGUUGCAGCUGCUGUACCACCCCGCGACAGCAAUAUUUUUGCUGCGAGUCGAUGCUGCGGAGCACUAACUGCGGCAGUAGCGUCAGCAGUGGCAACGAGGCAGCAGGCGAAAGAGAAGGAGGGACGAGACGCGAGGCUCGGGGGAGGAGGCGGGGGCGGUCGGCCGGAGAACCGGGCAAGGAGAGGGGGUCAGGAGGGGCUGGGUGUGGCGAGAGCAUUGACGCGGAAGAAUUGUUUCGCCGGAAAAACAAGAUGGCAUGCUUCAACGUGACCUACGGGAGGUGGGCGGAGAGCUACGACCGCGCCAUGGCCAGGCGUGCGUCCCUCGAGCGAAGAGAGCGCCUCGAGAUCGAGCGGGAGAACGACCUCAGGCGCCAGCGCGCAGAGGAAGAGUUUCAGAAGUGGAUGCGGAGCCACGGACGGCGAUCGACCUCUUCUUCAGGUGGUGCCGCUGCUGCUGCCUCUGCUGCCGCGACUACUCCCGCCGCCGCGCCUGCUCUUGGCGCGAGAUCGUCUUACCACGAACGAGCUUCCUCCGCUUCCCCUCGCCGCCGACGGCGGCGGCUGACGCAAAUGAGGAAGGAGUCGUGGACGGACGGGGAGCGGGACAAAGGGGUGGGCGGCAGCGGUAGCACUCCUCGCAGUCCUUCCAGCCGCCACUCGCCGUUCGCUUGGAGCGAAGAAUGGGCUCCUUUCUCCUCGGCGGGAGGGCGAGGGGAUGACGGCGGUGUUAGGGUUGGCGGUAGCAGUAGCGGCCGUUGCGGCGGCGGCGAGGAGGAGGAAGAGAAGAAACGGAGACGGGAAGAGGAGGAGCAGCGGCGGCGGCGCGACAAGGCGGAUCGAGCCUUCCGCGAGUGGCUCGGCCGCAAGAAGAGGGAGGCGCAGGCCGACCGCCAGGUGCAAAGGCGGAAGGAGGAGACUCUCGAAAAACUUAGGGGGCUUGGUUUGAACGCAAUACGCAGCCCGUGGUGA